AUGGAAACGCACUGCUCUCCCAAGGGACUGAGGUCUGUGUCUUGUGACCUUUGCUGCCCUAGGCUGACGGACACGGACCGGAAGAGACUGUGGGAGAAGCGCUAUUACUGCCACGAGCAGCCUGGAUCGCUGCCUCUGCUGCUCACCAGUGCCCCCAGCUGGGAGUGGGCCUGCCUGCCUGAUAUCUACGCCCUGCUGAAGCAAUGGACUUACAUGAACCACCAGGAUGCCCUCGGGCUCUUGCAUGCAACGUUCCCGGAUCAGGAGGUGCGGAGGACAGCCAUACACUGGAUCGACUCCAUGUCAGAUGCAGAGCUGCUGGAUUACCUGCCGCAGCUGGUGCAGGCCCUGAAGUAUGAGUGCUACCUGGAUAGCCCCUUGGUACGGUUCCUUAUGAAGCGAGCCAUCUGUGACCUGAGAAUCACCCACUACUUCUUCUGGCUGCUGAAGGAUGGACUCAAGGACUCCCAGUUCAGCAUCCGCUACCAGUACCUGCUGGCGGCCCUGCUCUGCUGCUGCGGCAAAGGCCUGCGAGAGGAGUUCGACCGGCAGUGCUGCCUGGUCAACACCCUGGCCAAGCUGGCCCAGCAGGUUCGGGAGGCUGCUCCGUCCUCGCGACAGGCCAUUCUCCGAGACGGGCUGGUCGACGUGAAACAGUUCUUCAGCACCAAUGGCUCCUGCCGCCUGCCGCUUAGCCCCAGCCUGCUGGUGAAGGGGAUCGUGCCCAGGGACUGCUCCUAUUUCAACUCCAAGGCCGUGCCCCUGAAGCUCUCCUUCCAGAACGUGGAUGCCCUCGGGAAGAACAUCCGUGUUAUCUUUAAGUGUGGAGACGACCUCCGGCAGGACAUGCUGACGCUUCAGAUGAUCCGGAUUAUGAAUAAGAUCUGGGUGCAGAAGGGGCUGGACAUGCGCAUGGUCAUCUUUCGCUGCUUCUCCACUGGCCGGGGACGGGGCAUGGUGGAGAUGAUCCCCAACACAGAGACUCUGCGCAAGAUCCAGGUGGAGCAUGGGGUGACGGGCUCCUUCAAGGAUCGCCCCCUGGCAGGCGGGCUGCAGAAGCACAACCCCACGGAGGAUGAGUACGAGAAGGCGGUGGAGAACUUCAUCUACUCAUGCGCCGGCUGCUGUGUGGCCACCUACGUUCUGGGGAUCUGCGACCGGCACAACGACAACAUCAUGCUCAAAACCACCGGCCACAUGUUCCACAUUGGCUUCGGCAGGUUCCUGGGCCAUGCCCAGAUGUUUGGCAACAUCAAAAGGGACCGGGCCCCGUUCGUCUUCACCUCGGACAUGGCCUAUGUCAUUAAUGGUGGUGACAAGCCCUCCAGCCGCUUCCAUGACUUUGUGGAUCUCUGCUGCCAGGCGUACAACCUGAUCCGCAAGCACACCCACCUCUUCCUCAACCUGCUGGGCCUGAUGCUGUCCUGUGGUAUCCCGGAGCUCUCCGACUUCGAGGACCUCAAGUGCGUCUAUGACGCCCUGCGGCCGCAGGACUCCGAAGCCGACGCCACCACCUAUUUCACCAGGUUGAUUGAGUCCAGCCUGGGCAGCGUGGCCACCAAGCUCAACUUCUUCAUCCACAACCUGGCACAGAUGAAGUUCACAGGCUCAGACACCCGCCCCGUGCUUUCCUUCGCCCCCCGCGUGCACACGCUCAAGACAUCCGGCUGGAUCCGUGACGUCUUCCUUUGCCGCCGCGAGAAAGUCUUCAACCCCAGCAAAGGCUAUACGUACAUCGUGAAGGUGCAGCGGGAGAGCCCCUGCGAGGUCACCUAUGUCCAGCGUACCUUUGAGGAGUUCCAGGAGCUGCACGACAAGCUACGCCUCAUCUUCCCCUCCUCUCACCUGCCCAGUUUCCCCAGUAGGUUUGUGAUCGGCCGGUCACGCGGCAAGGCAAUGGCCGACAGGAGGAAAGAGGAGCUGAAUGGCUACAUCUGGCAUCUGAUCCACUCAGCCCCAGAGGUGGCUGAGUGUGAUCUUGUGUAUACAUUCUUCCACCCCCUCCCGCGGGAUGAGAAGGCUGCAGGCACCAAUCCAGCUCCAAAGCCCGCAGAUGCCACGUGGUCUCGGCCCAUUGGGAAGGUGGGAGGGGCGGUGAAGCUGUCCAUCUCUUACAAGAACAACAAGCUCUUCAUCAUGGUGAUGCACAUCCGAGGCCUGCAGCCUCUCCAGGACGGGAAUGACCCCGAUCCUUAUGUCAAGAUCUAUCUCUUGCCUGACCCCCAGAAAACCACCAAGAGAAAAACCAAAGUGGCUCGGAAAACCUGCAACCCCACUUACAAUGAAAUGCUCGUCUACGACGGGAUUCCCAAAGGAGACCUUCAGCAGCGGGAACUGCGCCUGAGCGUCCUGAGCAAGGAGAGCUUCUGGAAGAACAUCCUUCUCGGGGAGGUCUGCAUUAAGCUACGGGGCCUGGACCUGACCCAAGAGAAGAUGGGCUGGUUUGAGCUGGGCUCCAGUAGCCAAGGGACCAUGUGA